AUGCUAACAGACGACCUCCCUUGGCCGGAGCUCGGUAAUGUCUCUCGCGGCGCCACCAGGGGAAACCAAGGCCAGAAAGGUGUUCUGGGCUCUCCAGACGGCGAGGGGCGCUGUCUGCUGCAGCUGCGCGUGCAGCCGGGCGUGCUCGCGGUGCGCCUCAAUCGCCAGGCUAGCGAUUGGUACCGCACGCUCGACACCGAGGUCAACCGCGCACUGAAGCUCACGAAGACGUACUGGCGCAAGGCGCGGCGCCGGCAGGACUACGACGCGCGCGCGGACCAGGACCACAUGGAGCUGCACGAAUGGCUGCAGCAGCUCAAGGACAAAGUGAUGUCGCACCUCGAGGUGCUCAUGCAGAAGGGCGAGAUCCAGGGCCCGCCGUACAUCAUGCCCGACAACAUCGAGCUCGCCUUCCUCCGCGGCUUCAUCGAGCGGCAGGCGACAGGGGUUCCACAUAAUCCCCGCCUCCGCCGCGCCUUCGGGCAGACUCGGGCACUUGGUUUGGACCCGGGGGCCGGACCAUCGAAGCUCGGCGCGUCCUCACCAUCGAUAUCCCUCGCCGGGUGGAAUGGGCUAGCGGAUAAAGACGCGAAGGACGAGGACGCCACACCGCCGGCGUCUACGCCAGAGCAAGGGACAUCCAGUUCGCUGCUGAAUGAAGUAAAUCACAACAGUGAGUGCUCCGCUUUUCGACGGACGAUGGCCGGUGCAAAGGCAGCGCUGGCUCGGGCACAAAGGGAGACACAAGAUGCGUUCGCCCGCUACACGGCUUGUUUGGACACCGAGGCGCAGAUUCGGCAACAACUGAGCAUUGCCGAGGAGCGGAGAGACGGGCUGAGUGAGUGCAAUACUGCUUCCGGGAGGUGA